CGCCCCCUUCGUCAAGAGCUCGCCAGUGACUGCGAGGCCAGCGGCCGGGCUGCUCCGACCUAGGAGAUGGGGUUCACAGGAAGGCAGAAUCGAUCCCGGGAGGAGAAGGGCGCGCCCAUGGCGCCCCGCGUCCGUAGUCAUCACCCACCACCACCGCCGGUUCCGGAAGUGACGAACCGACAAGACGCGCUACGCUUCUUGGCGGCCAUGAAGCGCGAGCUCGCCGACGAAAUACAAAAGUACGACGAGUUCGUCAACGUCCUGGCCGAGUUCAGGAACGGGAGAGUGGAUACAGUCAUGGUGGUUGAGCAUGUCAGAGUCCUGCUCGCCGGGCACCCAGAUCUCCUCCACGGCUUCGACGAAUUCGUGCCAUGGGGUUUCAAAAUAUCUCAGGGUGGACAAGGAGGGCAAAGUGGCAUCUGAUGGUAUCAUUGGUACUUGGGCUGGCCUUUGGUUAUAUUGACUGAAUAAAAGUUUUAUUCGCUCUCCGCUCUGCUAUGUAUGGCUAAUAAACAUUGCUAGCGCUUGAUUUCUUUCGUAAGGAACAUCAGUGCCCAGUUCUACACCGACAA